GCAGGACCCCGACCGCGAGUGGGGGCCAAAGCCCCAGUCCUGCGGGAAGAACUGUGCCCUGAGGCUGCAGCGGAGAGGAGCUGGGGUCUCGCGGUCCUGUCUUUCUAAGGAAGGGCGAAAGUUGGUUUUCGGAGUAGCUCAGGAAGGGCGCCCCCAUCAGGGCAGGGCCGGCCCAGCGCAGCGCCGGAGCCGCCCUCGCCCUCGCGUCCUCCUUCCCGGUCGGGCCGGCUCGGGGCGCAGGAGGCGGCGCGGCGCCCUGCUCCGGGCGGGGCCGCUCCCGCGUGCCCGCCGCCCGCUCCGCCGCCCGCAGCGCUUCCCCGCCGCCGCCUCGGGGCGUCUCUGCUCCGCCGGCGGGGCCGCGGCGCGAGGAGGGGAGGCGGCGGCCGCGCGGAGAAGCGCCGGGUCACCGCAGGCGGAGGCGCCGCGCGCCGGCCCGCCCUCCCUCCCGCCGCCUCCCGCGCCGCCUCCCGCGCCGCCUCCUGCGCUCCCCGCCCUCUCCCGCGCCCGCCUCCUCCGCCCCGCGCCCUGCGGUGCUGCAGCUGCGGGCGGCUCCGGCGGCCCCAGAUGUGGGCUGGGCGGCGCGCGGGGAACUUUCGCGCCGGCUGCGAGUGCGGGCCGCGGCCGCGGUCCCGGUGCCAUGGCUCGGCGCCCGCUCUGCCCCGCGCUGCUGCUGCUGCUGCUGCCGCCGCUCCUGAGCCCGGCGCCGCCCGCGCACGCCCGGCUCGCCGCCGCCGGCGCCCCAGGCGGGCCCCCGGGGCGCGGAGCCGAGCGCAUCCUGGCGGUGCCGGUGCGCACUGACGCCCAGGGCCGCUUGGUGUCCCACGUGGUGUCAGCGGCAGCAGCGGUGGCUGGGGCGGGGGCGCGAGCCCGCAGGGCUGCCCCGGUCCAGACCUCGGGUUUCCCCGGGGGCAGCGAAGAGGACUCCGGUGGCCGCCUCUACUACAACGUUACGGUCUUCGGGAGAGACCUGCACCUGCGACUGCGACCCAACGGCCGCCUCGUGGCUCCCGGGGCCACCGUGGAGUGGCAGGGUGAGACGGGCGCCACCCGCGUGGAGCCCCUGCUCGGGACCUGCCUCUACGUCGGGGACGUGGCCGGCGUGGCUAAAGCCUCCUCCGUGGCGCUCAGCAACUGCGACGGGCUGGCCGGUCUGAUCCGGAUGGAGGAGGAGGAGUUCUUCAUCGAGCCCCUGGAGCAGGGGCUGGCGGCGCAGGAGGCUGAGCAGGGCCGAGUGCACGUCGUGUAUCGGCGGCCGCCUACGCCCAAGGCCCCUCUUCCCGGAGCCCCGCAGGCCCUGGAGACAGGGGCCCCUGCGGACAGCCUGGACAGCCUCAGCCGGGCCUUGGGCGUCCUGGAGGAGCGCGUGAACAACUCCCGCCGGCGGACACGCAGGCACACUGCGGAUGAUGACUACAACAUCGAGGUGCUGCUGGGUGUGGACGACUCUGUGGUCCAGUUCCACGGGACGGAGCACGUGCAGAAGUACCUGCUGACGCUCAUGAACAUCGUCAAUGAAAUCUACCACGACGAGUCACUGGGGGCCCACAUCAAUGUGGUGCUGGUGCGCAUUAUCCUGCUGAGCCACGCGAAGUCCAUGAGCCUCAUCGAGAUUGGAAACCCCUCACAGAGCCUGGAGAACGUCUGCCGCUGGGCCUACCUGCAGCAGAAGCCGGACACAGGCCACGACGAGUACCAUGACCAUGCCAUCUUCCUCACGCGGCAGGACUUCGGGCCCUCGGGCAUGCAAGGCUAUGCUCCUGUCACUGGGAUGUGCCACCCCGUUCGCAGCUGCACCCUGAACCACGAAGAUGGCUUUUCCUCGGCAUUCGUUGUAGCGCAUGAGACCGGCCACGUGCUGGGCAUGGAACACGACGGGCAGGGCAACCGCUGUGGUGACGAGGUGCGCCUGGGCAGCAUCAUGGCGCCGCUGGUGCAGGCUGCUUUCCACCGCUUCCACUGGUCCCGCUGCAGCCAGCAGGAGCUCAGCCGCUACCUGCACUCCUAUGACUGCCUGCGGGACGACCCCUUCGCCCAUGACUGGCCGGCGCUGCCCCAGCUGCCUGGGCUGCACUAUUCCAUGAACGAACAGUGCCGCUUCGACUUUGGCCUGGGCUACAUGAUGUGCACUGCGUUCCGGACCUUUGACCCCUGCAAACAGCUAUGGUGCAGCCACCCUGACAACCCCUACUUCUGCAAGACCAAGAAGGGGCCUCCCCUGGACGGAACCAUGUGUGCACCUGGGAAGCACUGCUUCAAAGGACACUGCAUAUGGCUGACACCCGACAUCCUCAAACGGGACGGCAACUGGGGUGCCUGGACCCCCUUUGGCUCCUGCUCGCGCACCUGCGGCACAGGUGUGAAGUUCAGGACGCGCCAGUGUGACAACCCACACCCAGCCAACGGGGGCCGCACCUGCGCAGGCCUGGCCUACGACUUCCAGCUCUGCAACCCCCAGGACUGCCCCGACACCCUGGCCGACUUCCGUGAGGAGCAGUGCCGCCAGUGGGACCUGUACUAUGAGCACGGGGACGGCCAGCACCACUGGCUGCCCCAUGAGCACCGGGACGCCAAGGAGAGGUGUCACCUGCACUGCGAGUCCAAGGAGACUGGGGAGGUGGUGUCCAUGAAGCGCAUGGUGCACGACGGGACUCGCUGCUCCUACAAGGACGCCUUCAGCCUCUGCGUGCGUGGGGACUGCAAGAAGGUGGGCUGUGACGGGGUGAUCGGCUCCAACAAGCAGGAGGACAAGUGCGGCGUGUGUGGCGGGGACAACACCCACUGCAAAGUGGUCAAGGGCACCUUCACGAGGUCUCCCAAGAAGCUCAGUUACAUCAAGAUGUUCGAGAUCCCCGUGGGAGCCAGGCACCUGCUCAUCCAGGAAACAGACGCCUCCAGCCACCAUCUGGCCGUCAAGAACCUGGAGACAGGCAAAUUCAUCUUAAAUGAAGAGAACCACCUGGACCCCAAUUCCAGAUCCUUCAUCGCCAUGGGCGGGGAGUGGGAGUACAGGAACGAGGAGGACAGGGAGACCCUGCAGACCAUCGGCCCGCUGCGGGGUCCCAUCACCGUGCUGGUCAUCCCCGAGGGAGACACCCGCAUCUCACUGACCUACAAAUACAUGAUCCACGAGGACUCGCUCAACGUGGAUGACAACAAUGUGCUGGAGGACGACUCCGCCAGCCACGAGUGGGCGUUAAAGAAGUGGUCGCCCUGCUCCAAGCCCUGUGGUGGAGGGUCACAGUUUACCAAGUAUGGCUGCCGCCGAAGGCUGGACCACAAGAUGGUGCACCGGGCCUUCUGCAAUGCCCUGGCAAAGCCCAAAGCCAUCCGCCGCACCUGCAACCCCCAGGAGUGCUCCCAGCCUGUGUGGGUCAUGGGCGAGUGGGAGCCCUGCAGCCAGAGUUGUGGGCGCACGGGCAUGCAGGUGCGCUCUGUGCGCUGCGUCCAGCCUCUGCACAACAACACCACACGCUCCGUGCACACCAAGCACUGCAACGACCACCGGCCAGAGAGCCGCCGGGCCUGCAACCGUGAGCUCUGCCCCGGUCGGUGGCAGGCGGGGUCCUGGUCUCAGUGCUCCGUGACCUGUGGCAACGGCACCCAGGAGCGCCCCGUGCUCUGCCGCACCACAGAUGACAGCUUUGGCAUCUGCCAGGAGGAGCGGCCGGAGACGGCGAGGGUCUGCAGACUCGGUCCUUGUCCCCGAAACACCUCGGACCCCUCUAAGAAGAGCUACGUGGUUCAGUGGCUGUCUCGCCCCAACCCUGACUCGCCCGUGCAGAAGAUCUCAAAGGCCCACUGCCAAGGCGACAAGUCCAUGUUCUGUAGGAUGGAAGUCUUGUCUCGUUACUGCUCCAUCCCCAGCUACAACAAGCUGUGCUGCAAAUCCUGCAACCUGCGCAACACCACAGGUGCAGACGGCGAGGCAGAGCCACUGCCCGGGAAGCACAAUGACAUCGAUGUGUUCAUGCCCACGCUGCCAGGGCCCACGCUGGCCGUGGAGGGCCAGUCCUCACCUGGCCCCCCGCUGGAGGUCCCCGUCAAUGCCUCCAGCGCCAACACCACAGAGGACCACCCUGAAGCCAACGCCGUAGAUGUGCCCUACAAAAUCCAGGCCCUGGACGAUGAAGUCCAGCCACCCAAUCUAAUCCCUCGACGACCGAGCCCGUACGAAAAGACCAGGAACCAGCGGAUCCAGGCACUCAUUGAUGCCAUGCGGAAGAAAGAGACGCUCGGGAGGUUCUAAUAAAGUGGAAAGAGGUGGCUGCCAAGAGGACCCUCAAGGUGCUGAACUCAAAUUACAAAUUUUUAUCUCACUGCUAACUGCCACCGGGACAUUUUUGUUCUGUAUAGUAAAAUUUGAAGCUCUACUUUUAUAACUUAUUAAAAUAAAAGUGUCUUUUGCAAACCAUAA